CACUUUCAUUUUGACUACCCCUACAUAUUACUAAAACUUUCCCCGACACUCACAUUGUCAGCUUUGCAAUGAUGGCUCUGCUUGUCCUCCUAGUCAUCUUCGCCUCUGGCGACGGUGCUGCCAGUACGUUGUUAGAAAUACAAUCUUCGUGUGGUGAGGACUCGGUUCUGAAGUGUGGGGCUACUCCAAAACCAGGAGUCGAGUAUCGGGCAGUGAGGUGGCAAAGGGUCAGCGAGGAGCCGCCAUACAAGGCUUCAGGUAUGUUGUCAAAAACACUGAGGAACAACAGUGCAGUUCAGACGUACCAGGGCUUUGCGCGUCCAGCGGAGCUGUUAGAAAACUCGUGGGACCUCCUCCUCCCCAACGUGACAGCUCAGGACAGUGGGAAAUACUUGUGCUUCCUUGCUGCACCUGUUGGAGAGAAAAAUAUGGAGGGAUACGUUUUCCUCAACGUUACUGGUUGUCCCAUGGAAUCUGCACAAAAUGACGUCUUGUUUGAAGUGAUUGUCUGUGUGUCACUGGCAUUGGCACUCUUGAUGUGUUUUAUAUGCUGGGUCUGUUUGAAGAACAUAUCAAUUCUGAAAAGUAAAAAGAAGGGCUCUGCAGAUCAGACCUUGAAAGCGCCACUUCGGAAGAAAAACUUAAAUUUGAUUUACACUCCUGGCUUGAAUAGUCUGGAGCCCUCUUCCUAUCACCAUGUGUGUGUGUGAGACCCUCCAGACCCCAACAUGGGGAGGUUAGAACAGCACAAAAGAGGAGGACAAGAGAAAGGACAAAGCAUGUAGAAUCUCCAGGCCUCCAGCUAAGAGGCUGGGAUGCUGGUCACUCCAAGUGUGGUAUGAAAGUGGUAUGCACCUAGCCUUUGCUUUCAAGGAUACUUUAUGGGCCAAUGCAAGCAUGGACUGUUCAUUUCAGGAAUAUUCUGAGAAAACACACAGCCAAAUAUCAGUAUUUUAAGCUCAAAAUUGAAAGUUUGCACUAAAUCGCCCAUAAUGGUGAUUACUGCUUUGCGGUUUGACUUUUCUGCCUCUUUUACAUUUGAAGAUGUAUAAGUACAGCACAGAUGAUUAACAGAGGGGUCUAUCACUUUAUUAUCUCAUCAUGGCGUAGGGGCAUAUGAAAGGAAAAUCAAAGACAAUAGGCCCUUUGGAUGAAACAGCUUGAACAGUAUAGGAAAAAUGGUGACAGGAACACAGAUGCCCAUUUAUCCAACCACCAGUUUCUAUUGGAAAGCAGGCUGAUGUUUGUACACUGUGUAUUAUUGAAUAUGAAAACAGAGGGCAAUAACAAAUUGAAAUGAUUUCAGCUUAACUUGUGGCUCAUUUCUGUUCUGUUUCUUUACUGGAUUUGUGUGUCACUGUGCAACCAAAUAAGUAGGAAGAAUUGAUAACUAAGAAAGUAUGAGCUCCGUGAUCAUCUAAAAAGGUUAAGGUUCUUAUAUGGAUCCUUGUACACACAGUGUAAAUGUAACUUGAUUACCAGCCACUGAGAAGUUUAAUUUACUUCAAAAUUUUCAGCCUGUGCUUAAAACCUUCACAGUGGUGGUGGCAAAACCAGCUUUAAAAGGCCACCUAGGAGCCAGUUAGCAUGAGUGGCCCCCAGUCCUCCUGGUGCUAAGGAAAUUGAGAGAGGAGUUAAGCUACAGAUAAAAUUAUGUUUUGUUUCACUGUGAAAAGAGAGUAUGUUAAGAUACUGAUAUGUUAAGAUAAUUAAGGCAAUGUCUUGUUGACUAACUGUAAAUCUACCAAAUAUUUUGGGUAACAUCUGGGUCGCUCAGUAUUUUCCUGUGCAAAAGGAAACAUUUCACUCAACAUAUUUAUUGACCUAUGUUGUCUAUAUGUAUGACCAAAAAAUAAAAUAAAAUAAAAAAUA